GAGGGUCCGGAGCGGGACGGGCGCGGCGGCCGCUCCCGGCGGUCUUCGCAGCGGGACCCCGGCGCGGCCAAGGGGAUGCGCCUCCGCCCGGCCCGGGCAAGGGGACGCGGGCGAAGCGACGCCGCGUGCCAGGCCGGGCCCCCGACCGCCCGCUGCCGCUCGUCCCGCAGCCCCGCGGUCGCGGAGCGCGGGCAGUGCCGCUGACCGGAGUCGCCCGCUCGGGCCCGGCCGGCCCCGCGGCCAGGGAGGGAGGGAGGGAGGGAGGCGCUCAGGUACUGGGGCGGCCGCGCCUCGGCCCGAGCCCCCGCGGGGGCCGUCGGGGCGGCCCGGCCUCCCCCCUGCCCUCCCUUCCCUCGGCGUGGAGGAUGGUGCAGCCGCCCGCAGCCCCCGAGCCGGGCCGGGGCCGCCCUCCCCGGGGGCUGAGGGGAUGAGCCGUGCCCCGCCGGGUGGUCGCUAGCGCAAGGAUGACCACUCCCGCCCUGCUGCCGCUCUCCGGGCGGAGGCUGCCCCCGCUCAACCUGGGGGCCUCCGCCUUCCCGCACCACAGGGCUACCUUGAGACUCUCCGAAAAAUUUAUCCUGCUCCUUAUUCUUAGUGCCUUCAUCACCCUGUGCUUCGGGGCGUUCUUCUUCCUCCCCGACUCCUCGAAGCACAAGCGCUUUGACCUGGGCUUAGAGGAUGUGCUCAUUCCCCACGUGGACACCAGCAAAGGGGGCAAGAACCUCGGCGGCUUCCUCAUCCACGGGCAGGGGCACGACGAGCACCGGCACAGAGAAGAAGAGGAACGUCUGAGAAAUAAGAUCCGAGCAGAUCAUGAAAAGGCUCUGGAAGAGGCUAAGGAGAAAUUGAAGAAAUCACGUGAUGAAAUUCAAGCUGAGAUUCAGACAGAAAAGAACAAAGUAGUGCAAGAAUUGAAAAAGAAAGACAGCAAGCCACUGCCCCCUGUUCCUUUACCAAAUCUAAUAGGGAUAAACAGUGGAGAACCAGCAGACCCGGAUAUCCGAGAGAAGAGGAACAAAGUUAAAGAGAUGAUGAAGCAUGCCUGGGACAAUUACAGGCAAUAUGGAUGGGGACAUAAUGAGCUCAAACCGAUUGCCCGGAAAGGACAUUCCACCAACAUAUUUGGAAACUCGCAAAUGGGUGCUACCAUAGUAGAUGCAUUGGAUACUCUUUAUAUCAUGGGGCUUCAUGAUGAAUUCAGAGAAGGUCAAGAAUGGAUUGACAAAAAUCUUGAUUUCAGUGUGAAUUCCGAAGUGUCUGUAUUUGAAGUCAACAUUCGCUUCAUUGGCGGUCUUCUAGCAGCAUACUACCUUUCAGGACAAGAGGUUUUCAAGAUCAAAGCAGUGCAACUGGCAGGAAAACUUCUUCCAGCUUUCAACACACCUACGGGUAUACCAUGGGCAAUGGUGAAUCUGAAAAGUGGUGUCGGUCGCAACUGGGGCUGGGCUUCUGCUGGCAGCAGCAUCCUUGCUGAGUUCGGUACUCUGCACAUGGAAUUUGUCCACCUCAGCUAUUUGACAGGGGACCCUGUAUACUACAACAAGGUGAUGCACAUUCGGAAGUUACUUCAAAAAAUGGAUCGUCCUAAUGGACUUUACCCAAAUUAUUUGAACCCAAGAACAGGACGGUGGGGUCAGCAUCACACAUCCGUGGGCGGGCUGGGAGACAGUUUUUAUGAAUAUUUAUUGAAAGCCUGGCUUAUGUCAGACAAGAUGGACACGGAGGCAAGAAAAAUGUACGACGAUGCAAUUGAGGCCAUAGAAAAACAUCUCAUCAGAAAGUCCAAUGGAGGACUGACCUUCAUUGGAGAGUGGAAGAACGGGCAUCUUGAAAGAAAGAUGGGCCAUUUGACCUGUUUUGCAGGGGGAAUGUUUGCCCUUGGAGCAGAUGGUUCCAGAGAUGAUAAAGCUGGACAUUAUUUGCAGCUGGGAGCUGAAAUUGCACAUACAUGUCAUGAGUCGUAUGACAGGACAGCAUUAAAGCUGGGCCCAGAAGCAUUCAAAUUUGAUGGUGGUGUAGAGGCAGUGGCAGUGCGGCAGAAUGAGAAGUAUUAUAUCCUAAGGCCAGAAGUGAUUGAGACCUACUGGUAUAUGUGGAGAUUCACCCAUGAUCCCAAGUACAGGCAGUGGGGCUGGGAGGCAACACAGGCAAUUGACAAGUAUUGCCGAGUUAGUGGUGGCUUUUCUGGUGUCAAGGAUGUCUAUUCCUCAUCUCCUACAUACGAUGACGUACAGCAGAGCUUUUUCCUUGCUGAAACCUUGAAGUAUUUGUAUCUGCUUUUCUCCAACGAUGAUCUUCUACCAUUAGACAACUGGGUUUUUAACACAGAAGCUCAUCCUCUGCCUGUUUUACAUUUAGCCAACACCACACUGUCAGGAAAUCCUGCAUAUCGAUAAAAACAGCUCUAUGAGGAGGAAGAGAGACUGUUUUCAGCUCUGUUUUGUUUACAUGGACCACUUGAGACUUUAAGCAGGAGAGGAGACAGACAGACGCUUGGUAAAACUAGACCUCCAAGUCAAGCAAGUACCAGCGUGAGAAAUGAAGCUCUUCAACAUAUAGAUAAGUUAAAAGUUCUGUUUUAUACAUGACCAAAACACGUCAGCGUGAUUUUUGCAGGACAGAGACUUCACAUGCUUUGAACCCUAGCAAGACAUGGAAUCUACUGAUAAUAUUAAUGCAGCAGCUUAAGGAAGAAGAGGCUUUCCCAUCUGGGGAGAGGAACUUGCUGCUGCUGUUCACUGUUGCAAGGAACAACACACCAGUCACCUCUUCAGAUCGGGUGGGUUCCAAAUACCUAGGUUUUCUUUUUCUUUUUUUUUUUUUAUGAUGGCAUGAACGAAACAAAAACAAAAAGCGACAUCACUACACCAGCAGCACCAGGAUUUGAACUUUUUUCUGUACCUGUCUGAAUUUUCUAAGGAGCAUCUGUUUGUCCAGACUGGCAGCCAUUCUCAGGGCCUCUAAGCUAUUAAAGCUAAACUCUAAACUAUAAACAGUACUGCCUCCUCAUUUUCCCUUUUCAAAAUAAUGCUUAUAUCCAAAAAGAAAAAACAAUUAGUAAGCAUUUGGUUUGUAGUUCACUGUCAGCAGCGUGGGCUUAGUUCAUUUGGCAAGCUACAGUCACAGAGUCUGGAGCAUAUCGCAGGGGUAGGAAGGAGCCUAAGCUUCCCUUCCUCACAAAUCAUGUCACAUGAAAAAAACCAUUCUCAGUCAUGGUUCUUUUAGCUAAAUAAACAGAGAUGACAACUUAAGAAAAACAAUCUCAUGGUUUAUAUAGAAGGAUACAUAUGGAACUAAAAAAAGCCCUCCUUGAGCUAAGCAGCUGGAGUUUGUUGCUUUAUAUUAUUCUAUACAAUCUAGAUUUUUCCUAAAAGUUACAUUUCGUUCUUUGAAUUCUAUUCACAGAACCUUCUUGGAAGGUUGUUUAUGACAGAAGCCUAAAAUCGCCUUUGAUUUAGUUUACAAAACUUGCUGUUCUUCUGGGGGCUCCAGUACAAAUGCAACAUGAUCUUCUUUGGAAGCAACUUAACAUCUCUUACGUAUGAAUGGAAAAAGAAACUGAAGAGUCUCUUCUUUCAUUAAUUUAUGAGGAAUGAGGUGCUGCUACCUGCAUGGCAUUAUUUUCAAGUACUCCAUGGCUGGGCUGGACAGUAUCACUUAAAUGGAGUCUGCUUUAAUCUUCACUUAUUUGCCAAAAGAAGUUUGUUUUUUUCAGGUCUUUUCAGCUUUUGUGUCUUUUCAGUUUUGUCCUUCACAAUCUCUUCCUACUCUUAUUCCAGCUCAAAUUAUUCUUUUUAUUCCCCUGUAUAGCUCUCAGAUCUUUUUGCCAUGAUGACUGGCCCCUUUGCUGAAGAACAGCUUUUAGGUGUUCCUUGUCCUCCUAAUUCAUGCACAGAUUGAGUCUUUAAAAAAUCUUUAUGAUGUUUUCAGACAUAGAUCAACUCUUCAGUUAGCUACAGCAGUACACCGUCAGAUCUAAAGGGGGAGGGUGCUAUUUUGCCCCCUCAAAAAUGUUUUUAUAUGAAGUUUUAUAUAUAAAAACCUUUUUCCCUAUCAUAUUGUAUCUGACUGUAGAGUUUCCCCCUAAAAUUAUUCCUCAUUUGUCUAUGACACUAACUUAGAUAUAGAAAUCAUCACAUGAUCUAAAUAAAAAUGCCAUCAGAUGCUUUUUUCCAGCCAGUUACUUUAGUUUAAGAGGAGGAAGACAUGGAGCUGGCCACAAGCUCCAAUCUCAACCUUUAUAUCUUAAUACCAGUUACUUAGUUACAGUAAUUGCAGCUGUAUCUUGAAAAUAAUUUGAGAACUGAUGAAGUAAUUAAUAUAGUAAAUAAUACUGAUUCCAGUAUUUUUUAAUUUAAAAUUAGAAGUAGGUUAAUAAAUGGAUUCUUCUUACUGGUCCCACAUUAAUUUAUUUUUCUAAUUAUUAUUCAGUAAUUCACUGAAGAACUAGUCAUUUUUCAUUUUCCAAAGUUCAAAUACGUUGUGUUUUCAAAUUGUUUUUCCAGUCCCAUGAGAACUGUUAUUUGUUAAAAACUGCACUCAAUUGCCUUGUUCUCCUGAAUCUCUCCGGGUACAAAGGAGAAAGAGGAAAAGCAGACUCUUCUGUUUUAUUUGAAAAAAAAAGAGAGAAAAUAAAAGCAACCCAUAAAGCCAUCCCCAUACACAUCCUAGUAAAUGCAGAUGUAGAAUGGCUGCCAGUCUGUUCAGAGGAAGGUCCAGGACAGAAUUCUGGAGUCCCCGGAACAGCAAACUUCUUAUUGUUGCUGCUCUUCCAUCCCCCUCUUGUGAAUUAAAGAGCAACCCUUCAAAUUAAUUCCUCCAUGAAUCCCAAUGGGUCAACUCACUGCCACAGGAAUCCUUGAAUUGAGGACUAAGCCAUUUCCUGUUAUGGGAUGGUAUUUUUCUCAAAGCAGAUGUACAGUACUGCUAUUUCUUCUUUGUGUAGAUAAGCAGCAGGUACCAAAUAAAGGACUUGUUUCUUAUUUUCCAGUUACCCCAACGGCAGUCAGUUUCUACUUUAUCACUCUUUAAAAUAUCAACUAUCCUUUCCCUCCAGAAGUUAAUGAUGUGCAUAGUCUAUCAAAAAUAAUGCAUUUUAAGGACUAAUUGCUAUGUCAUUCAUGAAUCUCUUCCUGAGAUUUCCUAGAUCAAGCAGAGUUUGGAGGUGAUGGGUUCUGAGUGAGAUUUGUGCAUAAUAACCAAGCACCACAUAUAUUGAAACUUCUGACUGAAGUGAUGUGCCCUUGUUCUAAGUCCUUCACAGAAAAGUAGGUUCUGAUCUGCAGAAUGGUAUUACAUGCAACCCAAAGUUCAGACUGUUUUGCCUCUGGGUACAUAAGGUACAGCAGAAUAUUGCCAUUUUCAUUAUGUUGCUGCUGACUUACUUUCUUGAAGAUAAAAGUGUAAAUUUAAGCACAAAAUGACUUUCUAGUCCUAGUUGUUUCUGAGUCUUGCACUGUACUCUCUAACAAAACAAUCCUCAUUUUCUUUAGGUAGUUUUCCCAUUUUACCAAUUUCUACAAUACCCUUUCCCCUUACAGAAUGAAAUAAAGAACAGAAAAUCAUGUACAUUUUUUUGGCACACUGGACUUGGGCAAGAGCCUGGAAAUCCCAGAAUUGUCUACUUCCUGUUUGCAUGCAGUCAAAACAAGGAUGUAUGGUUCUUUUCCUAAUCCAAGCCUCAAACUUGCCUGUUGGUCAGGAUCUGCCAGCAGUAAAUUUUUUUCUAACAAUUACAGCUUGACUUUUCAAAGAGGCCAGAUUUCUACAGCUUCCAUUAACAACCCUGGAGCUGUGUGUGUCCUGCGGUCAAGAAGUCAGCUUCUUAGCUUUGUCCUCUAAAUAAAAACAAAACCCUUGAAUGAUAUUCUGUGUUAAUUUUGCUGCACAAUGUAGUCCUUAAAACUGAAUGUGUAAGAAAAGUAUGGAAAACAGUAGAUGCCCUGGAGUAAAAGGAAAAGCAAGUAGUUCCAUGUUCCAGUCACACCUUUGAUGAUCCUCCAAAUUUGUGGAUCACUGUCUUCUACCUCCCAAUGACUGAUGUAUACCCACCAGUACUUUACAGGAUUUGAAUGUUACCUGGAUUCUAAAAAGUGACAGUAAUUACCUACUCCCUCUAAUACCAUCCUUUAAGGUUAAAGGUCUAUCCUCUAAGCAAAGCCCUGUUGGGCUGUUUAUGAUCCCCUCUUCUGUCCCUGAGGAAAUGCUUUAUAAACCUUCAUAACGUGACUCUCCUUAGUUUGACUGGAGAGGUGGUUAAUAGCAUUAACAUUGAAAGGAUCAACAAUAUAAAAUGGCAUCCACAGAAAAUGGUGAGGCAAACUGAGCCUGGUAGGUCUAGUCCAUGUUUUUAAGGGGACAAAUAAGAAACAGGCUUCUUGAUACCAGAGAAAAGUGAAAACAAGCUCUUGAUCCAUACUGUAGUUGGGAGAUCUGUUCACCCUGAACAAGACAUCCCUCUUUUGCUCCUUGAAUUUUGAGAAACAGUCUUCUGACUCAAGGGUUUGUGUUGCCAUAUAAAGAGGAACCCCAAGCUCUUUUGCAAGUUACGUGCGUACGACUGUAGCAGAGAUGAUAAGCACGAGCUGCUCCAGCUGUCAGCGCCUUCUAACAAACUGCUCUGUAAUUGCCCAGAAGAGUUGGGAACCACCAAAGUUGGAGGAGACAGCCUGACUUGUUACAGUGAAUUGUUGCCUUUAAUCCUAAUUGCUUGGUGGAAGUUGGAUUUGCAUUCUGCCUUUAUUCUUGCUUUGUCUAAAACUGACAGAUUAUUUUUCCUCCAAAAUAAUAAAAGGUUAAAAGUCUAUCUUCUGAUGUGGAAACCUUCUGCCUCUGACCUGGAAUCCUGCAUAUGUACUUUUUACAGAUAAAAAAAUAAUAUUGUAUAUAAAAAAGAUUGAAUAAAGAAUGUCUUUAAGUGAAAAA